AUGGAGGGGCCGGGGGAGCUGAGCUCCGAGGCGGUGCUGAGCUUCCUCGCGGCGCGAGGGGGCCGGGUCCGUCACGCGGAGCUGGUGCAGCACUUUCAGGGCGCCCUGGGCGGCGAGGCGGAGCAGCGCGCCCGCGCCCGGGCUCACUUCAAGGAGCUGGUCAACGCCGUGGCCAAGGUGCGCGCCGACCCCGCCGACGGCACCAAGUACGUGCACCUCAAGAGGCGGUUCUGCGAGGGAGCCCCGCCGUCGGCGUCGGAGGCCGGAGUCCCGCCCAGCAGCAGCAGCAGCAGCAGCAUCGCGGCGGCCGCCGCCGCCCAGAAAGCCCCCCGGGAGGAGCGGGCGGAGUCGACGGAGACGACCCCAAGUCAGGACUGCGAUGGGCUGGGUCCCGCUGUCGUGCUCGGGGACCCCCCGAGCGACGGGGCCCGGACGGAGGAGGACUCGCGGCCCUUGCAGCCAGCUCCUGAUCGGGGACCAGCCCCGGGCUGCAGCGUGGACCCGGAGCACCCCCAGACAUCCAGCUUGGAGGACCCGGACGCGGGCAGCGCUCCCGGGGGCGGCCCCGCCCCGAGGUCCGCCCGCCAGAACCUCCGCGAUCUGCUCACGAUGGGUGGCGGCGGCGGCGGCAGCUCCCCGCAACUGAAGCGCAGCCCCAAUCCGGCGGCGGCGGGCUGCAGCCCGGGAAACUUGUCCGGAGGCGGCCGCGGGAAAAGCGGGGCUGACUCGGACACCGCGUCCGUCGCCUCGUCGUCGGCCGAAGAUGACAGCACCGGCGGGGGUUCCGUGACGCUGGACCCCCUGGAGCACGCCUGGAUGCUGUCGGCGUCCGACGGCAAGUGGGACAGCCUGGAAGAGCUGCUGACCUACGAGCCGGGCUUGCUGACCAAGCGGGACUUCAUCACCGGCUUCACCUGCCUGCACUGGGCCGCCAAGCACGGCAGGCAGGAGCUGCUGGCCCUGCUGGUCAACUUCGCCAGCAAGCACCAGCUGCCCGUCAACAUCAACGCCAGAACCAGCGGCGGCUACACCGCCCUGCACUUGGCGGCCAUGCACGGUCACGUCGAGGUGGUGAAGUUGCUGGUGGGCGCCUACGACGCCGACGUGGACAUCAGGGACUACAGCGGCAAGAAGGCGUCCCAGUACCUGAGUCAGAGCACGGCCGAGGAGAUCAAGAACCUGGUGGGGGCCCUGGAGGAGGAGGAAGAAGAAAGCGCCGCCAGCAGUGGGAGUGGGCGCUGGAGGCUUUCCAAGGUGCUGCCCUCGCACCUCAUCACCCACAGACUCUCUCAUGUCCCCGAGGAUGGAGUGGAUCAUCACUACCAUCAUCACCUGGCUGACGGAUGGGCUGGAGGCAAAGUGAAGGAUCCGGCCCGCAAAAUCGCUGGCAGCUCCAGUGGGCGAAUCCGACCCAGGCUCAACAAAAUUCGAUUCCGAACUCAAAUUGUCCACACCACACCCUCCUUCAAAGACCUGGAGCAGCCUCUGGAGGAGGGAGACGAGGAAGACCUGGACAGGUCUCUUAAAGGACACUCAUCUGCUUUCAAAUUUAGACCAAAGUCCAAUGUGUUUGGGUAAAAAUCAUUUCAUUUAGAA